GCUCAUAACAAUCCCUUCUUUCUUGGUAUCUCCCCUGAAAUCUCUCGUUCUCUCGAAGAAAUCUGCAAACCCAUUACGGAAUUGCGUGUUAAUUCUUUGUAGAGAAAAGAGUUCUAUAUUGAUCUGGGCGCGGUUCCGAUAGCCUUGGGGAGUCACUGGGUUCAUAAAAAUCCCAACUUUGAUAUUAUUAGACUGAAUGAUCUAAUGGAGUCUAAAGGUGGUAAGAAAUCCAGUAGUAAAUCGUCCUUAUUCUACGAAGCUCCCCUCGGUUACAGCAUUGAAGACAUUCGACCAAACGGAGGAAUCAAGAAGUUCAGAUCUGCUGCUUACUCUAACUGCGCCCGCAAACCAUCCUGAUAUUCCUUAAUUGUUCUUAUUCUUAUCACGUCUCAUCAAGACGUGUGCUGCCUUUAGGAUUUUCUUUUCUCGCAUUGUUGUUAACCCUCGCACUCCUUUUCUUCUUUGUUUUGCUGCUUUUGUCCCCCUAAAUAAUUGUUUUCGGUCUAUUUCGCGUUAUGGAAAUGGCGUUGUCUGUGUCUGUGUCUCCCAUUGGAUUCGAAGGGUAUGAGAAGAGGCUCGAGAUUGUGUUUUCUGAACCCGGAAUCUUUGCUGAUCCUAAUGGAAAGGGCCUUCGAUUGCUUUCGAGAGCUCAAUUGGACGAGUUUCUUGGCCCUGCUGAAUGUACGAUAGUUUCUUCGUUGUCGAAUGAGUUUGUGGACUCUUAUGUCCUCUCGGAGUCGAGCCUCUUUGUUUAUGCUUACAAGAUCAUUAUUAAGACUUGUGGAACCACGAAAUUGCUUCGAGCUAUCCCGCCUAUUCUGAAGUUGGCGGAGACCCUUUCUCUUUCGGUGGAGUCUGUGAGGUACACCCGUGGGAGCUUCAUUUUCCCUGGGGCUCAGUUGUAUCCUCAUCGUAGCUUCUCCGAAGAAGUUGCUGUCCUCGAUGGGUAUUUUGGUAAUCUUGGCUCGGGGAGCAAGGCGAUUGUCUUGGGCAAGUCUGAUGGCCCGCAAAAGUGGCAUGUUUACACUGCUUCGGCUGUUGCAAUGCCAGGAAUGGACCCUGUUUACACGGUCGAAAUGUGCAUGACGGGUUUGGAUCACGAGAAGGCUCGUGUGUUUUACAAGGACGAAUCGAGUUCUGCUGCUGUCAUGACGGUUAACUCCGGGAUUAGGAAGAUCCUCCCCGAGUCUGACAUCUGCGAUUAUGACUUUGAACCGUGUGGGUACUCCAUGAAUUCUAUCGAAGGAGGUGCGCUCUCGACCAUUCACGUGACACCGGAAGACGGGUUUAGUUACGCGAGCUUUGAAGCCGUUGGAUAUGAUCUUGAAGCGGUGAAACUAUCGGCCCUGAUUGAGAGGGCGUUGGGGUGUUUUGAACCGAGCGAGUUUUCUGUUGCGGUUCAUGCUGAUGUUGCUGGUAAGCUGCUCGACCAGAAUUGCUGUCUCGACGUUAAAGGGUAUUGUCUCGAUGAGAGAAGCACCGAGGAGUUUGGAACUGGCUGUGGUUCCGUUAUUUACCAGAAGUUUGUUAGGGAUGCUUAUGCUUGUGGCUCACCAAAGUCUGUUCUUCAAAGCUCCUGGAAACAGGAGGAUAAAGAAGAGAAGUAGUAGUGUUGAGGGUUGUUUUUUUGUUUUUUUUUCCUUUUUUGUUUUUAUGUUUCGUAAAAAUUCGUGUUUGUUCGUCGCUGUUGCAUUAAUGUUCUUGUGUUUCCGCUGAAUAAUGUUUGUUGUGUGCAGUCCAAUUAGUUGGGUUGUGGACAAUGAAACAAUUUGUGUUUUGUUGUACUGUUUGAGCUUUCUUAUGGAGGCUUGAAUGUUAUGAACAUUUGUUGUGUCUUU